UCAAUCAUGUGACAGAAGGCAUGGAGAAACGUGCUUAUUUAAAAAAAUAUAGUAGUCUCAGUUAAAUUAAACCUUUCAAUGAGCUACAUUGCAUUUCACUAAAACUUUAAGCAUGUAGAUAGUAAAAAUGUUGCUAGAAGACCAUUAACAUUAAAAUUAGUGUAAUUUCUUUCCUAUAACGUGUAAACAUGUGACGUUUUUAAACUAUGUUAUAAGUUGUUUCAUAAGUGCAGGAGUUACAUAGCAGCCAGUGUUACGUAGAACCGGGGCAGCCAAGGACUUUGACAGGAGACGCACCGUGAUCCCUGUAUGGAGUAUAAGUCGCUCCAUGGAUGUGAAUGCACUAAAAAUGUUGCCCGUCGGGAAAGCGACGGCACAAAAGUGUGGGUAAAAGUGCCAGGCCCAACUCUGACAUACCAGAAUAUUCAGUACUGCAUUAGAGAAAGCCGUGGACUGUGCCGCAAGAGAGGACCUGAGCGAGAAAUCCUGAAAAACGCCAGUGGAGUCAUGAAAACUGGCCUGAAUGCAAUCAUGGGAGCAACGGGAAGCGGAAAAACAUCGCUGUUAGAUGUGAUCGCUGGAAGGAAGGAUCCGCGUGGUUUGCGCUCAGGUCAAGUUCUGGUUGACAACAAGGUCGUGACCUCUGACCUCCGUCUCAUGUCUGCGUAUGUCGUACAGGAUGAUAUCCUGAUGGGCACGCUGACUGUGAGGGAGAAUCUUUUAUUCUCUGGAAAUCUGCGGUUGCCAAGGAAACAGUAUUCCACUGCUGAUAAGGAAAAAAAAGUGGAGAGCAUCAUCCAGGAGCUGGGAUUAGAGGACUGCGCAGACACCAAGAUUGGCACAGAGUUUCUAAGAGGUGUGUCAGGAGGAGAAAGAAAGCGCUGUAGCAUUGGUAUGGAGCUCGUUACGUCUCCUACACUUCUGUUCCUGGAUGAGCCGACCACAGGCCUCGACUCCAAUACAGCUAACAGCAUCAUUGCUCUGUUGCACAGCUUGUCACGGGGUGGUAGAACUAUAAUUUUCUCUAUCCACCAGCCACGUUACUCAAUCUUCAGGCUCUUUGAUCACCUGACACUUCUCCAUAAAGGAGAAACUGUUUAUGCUGGUCCUGCCGGCAAAGCCAUGGACUACUUCCAGAAUCUGGGUUAUACGUGUGAGGCUUUUAACAAUCCCGCAGAUUUCUUUCUGGACAUAACAAAUGGGGAGGCCCAUUCUGCAGUGUCAACAGAGAAGUCACUGGCUGAGUUUUACAGGGAGUCUCACUACUGCGCUGCUGUCAAAGACGAGCUGAAGUGUAUCACUGGACCAUCAGAUCCCUCACCUGAGACCAAGAGCAAGGCAGCAUAUGCCACUUCAUUUUUCUACCAGUUAAAGGUGGUAUGCUGGAGGACAAUGCUGAAUGUUGUCAGGAAUCCUCAGACCUCGUAUGCUCAGAUGGCAAUGAACAUUCUCUGUGCUCUGCUGAUUGGACUCAUCUACUACCAGAUGCCUUUAACUCUUCCUGAAGCCUUGCAGAACAGGAUUGGAGCAUUCUUCUUUCUCAUCAUCAACAUGGUGUUUGGCAACCUUUCAGCAGUUGACCUCUUCAUUAAUGAAAGAGCGAUCUUUGUGCAUGAGAACUCUGGGGGAUAUUAUCGUACAUCUGUGUAUUUCCUAUCCAAGGUGUUUGUGGACCUGUUACCAAAUCGCAUUGUGCCGAUUUUCAUCUUCUCCAGCAUUUGUUACUACAUGAUGGGGUUGAAUCCGGCAUUCACGUCCUUCCUGUGCUUUGCUUUGACCAUGUCCAUGGUCAGUCUGGCAGGAGUCAGCUUGGCCUUCCUGGUCAGUGCCAGCGUGAACACUUUCGCCAUUGCCAACGUUCUCAUUGCCAUGCCUUUCGUCUUCAUGAUGGUGUUCGGAGGAUUCCUGGUGAACCUUAACUCCAUGCUCAGCUGGCUGUCCUGGCUCAAGUGGGCCAGUAUCUUUAGAUACGGACUAGAUGCUGUGACUAUAAAUGAAAUGAAAGGGCUGGUCUUCUACAAUGGCAAUGCGACACUAACAGGAGAGAUGUAUCUGCAGUCUCAGGGGAUCGAUUACAGUGUAUGGGGCUUCUGGCAGAACCAGGUGGCUCUUCUGGGCAUCAUACUGUUGUGCAUGACGUUUGCAUACAUACAGCUGCGCAGGAUCAACCGCUGGAAUUAACGCACAUGUUCUCCAUAACAGAUUCACUCAUGCACACUAUUUAAUUUCAUAAAAUGUUUAUUUUAUUUUAUUGGGUUUGACAAGUUUUUGAAAUAUGAAAUACUUUUUAUAUAUAGUUUAAAAAGGCCAUGUUGUGCAACAUAUCUGUAUUCAAAAUUCAUUAUCAGCUAUUCAAAUGCUUUUCUGCCAAAUUUGUUAAAAUUAUUAAAAGGUAAAGUGACUAAAUGUUUCGGAUGUGUUCGCUGUUUGUGUAAUUGGACUAUUAACUUUAUAGUUACUGAGAUAUAACCUUUAUGGCAUUGUAAAUAUAGAUAUAUUACAUGAAAUUUAAGUUCUCAAUUCUUUGUGCACAUGGUAGGCAUGUGCUUCAACCAUUUUGGCCCAGUUACACAGACAAGGUUUAGCCUAACCCUUCAAUUAGGACAUUUAAGCAUUUUUUUUUAUAAAUAUGCCUCAAUGCAUGUUUCUUUCAGCUGAAGGAGCUCAGAUUUACAUUUUAGACUAGGCUUAAGACUUGUGUGUGAAAGUAGGGAAUAAUGUAACAAAUUUUGUUUUGUUUGUUUUGUUUAUUUCUAUUUAUCACAUUAAUAAAAUGCAAAUGCGUAGCCUAACAGUGUGCUUAAGUGAAUGCGUGUUAAAAUGUUAUCCUCACAUAGAACAUGAGUAACGCAACCACUAGGCGGCAGCAGCGUUCUGAGCAGGACCUUCCUCAAUGUCUUCCGCUGCCCUCGUAUUAAAUACACACACAACUGCAAUUUUGUAAGUAGUUUGUAUCUAUUAACUGAAAUUUGACAUUCUGUCUUUUAGUUAUACAUACAUACAGCUCACACAGACCAUCAUAAACUAUGCAAGGCAUUUGUUUACAUUUUAAUACAGCGAAAAAUAAAAUAUAAUCUGUCUAUAUCUAUAAAUCAGUCUGAAGUGGAAUAUCUCCAUCAUGUUGCUGUGGUCUCUAAAACUCACAGAAAGCAGCUGCAGACAUUUCUUUGUGAUUGCCAUAUAGAAUAUAUUCACAUCUGUUAGGUAUUAGUAAAUCCUUUUGUGUGCUGUGUGUGUGUGUGUGUGAGAGAGAGAGAGAGAGAGACUGUGUGUGUGUGUGUGUGUGUGUGUGUGUGUGUAGUGCCGUUUUCUUGAGUUUCAUUCAGAGGCACAGUGUCAGCGCAAAAAAUCUUGGAAAACCUCCAAGGUCGAGGUGGAGAGAAUUCAGAGGAAAAUAUUUAAGAACAGAG